UCAGCUGCCCCUCCCUCUUCCUCUCUGUCUCUGCUAGGUGCAGCAUGUAUGUGAGCGUGUGUGAGCCAGCAGAGCCGCCUGUGUGUUUACAUGUCAGCCUAUCAGUGCUGCCGGAUUUAGCGCAUCUGGAGAGGACGAAGGCAUUUCUCAAAUGCCCCUCAGACAAGGGAUUCUCAUCGCUGCAUAUAUCCCUCUUUCCCAUUUGAAUCUAGCCUGUCUUGAAUCCUGCAUCCCUGUCUCCAUGCUUUCGGAGGCAUUUUGAAUUUCCUUGGCAACAUGGAGCUGCCUGAAUUAGAAUUCUCUGCAUGACAGUCCUGGUAAGAAGUAGGAUGGUGUCUGGGGAGGCAGGGGGGCACAGCUACUUGGUGGCGUGCUGGCAGCCCAUCCUGAUCCUGAUGCUGGGCACCGUCCUUUCUGGCUCCACCACCGGUUGCCCCUCCCGAUGUGACUGCAAUGCUCAGGAGCGUUCAGUUGUGUGCCAUCGACGGAGACUGGCAGCUCUUCCUGAAGGCAUCCCCACUGAGACAAGGCUGCUAGACCUCAGCAAGAACCGUCUGAAAAUUCUGGGGCCUGAAGAGUUCAUUAAUUACCCUCAGCUGGAGGAGCUGCAAAUGAAUGAAAACGCAAUCUCAACCAUUGAGCCUGGGGCUUUUAGCAACCUUAUGAACCUUCGGACUCUAGGUUUGCGCAGCAACGAGCUGAAGCUCAUCCAGCUAGGGGUCUUCACUGGCCUGACCAACCUCACUCAGCUGGAUAUUAGUGAGAACAAAAUUGUCAUUCUGCUCGACUAUAUGUUCCAGGAGCUGUACAACCUGAGGGCUUUGGAGGUUGGUGACAAUGACCUAGUAUUCAUCUCACCCCGAUCAUUUCAUGGCCUCAGCAACCUUGAAAGCCUAAACAUUGAGGGAUGCAAUCUGGCCUCAGUGCCCACUGAUGCCCUUAGCCAUCUGCAUAACCUGUUGUCACUCCGAUUACGUUAUCUCAAUGUAACUGUCAUAAGGGAUUACUCCUUUAAGAGGCUGUAUCGGCUCAGAGUGCUGGAGAUUUCUCAUAUGCCUGCCCUGGAUACCAUGACCCCAAAAUGUUUGUUUGGACUCAACCUCACAUCACUGUCCAUCACAAACUGUAAUCUCACCGUCAUCCCCUACCAAGCCAUCAGUCACCUAAGAUAUCUCCGGUUUUUGAAUCUGUCAUUCAAUCCAAUUCAUACGGUGGAAGGGAACCAACUGUUCAAUCUACAGAAGCUCCAGGCUUUUCAUUUGGCUGGUGGAAGAUUAGUUGCCAUUGAGCCCUACUCCUUCCGAGGACUCAACCACCUCCGUGUACUCAAUGUAUCCAGCAACAGCUUGAGCACCCUGGAGGAGUCUGUCUUUCACUCAGUGGGAAACCUGGAGACCCUGGCUUUAUACGACAACCCACUGGCCUGUGACUGUCGCUUGCUCUGGGUCUUUCGCCGCCGGUGGAGGCUCAACUUCAACAGACAGCAGCCCAUGUGCACUUCACCUGAGGUUGUGCAAGGGAAAGAAUUCAAGGACUUCCCAGACAUCCUCCCUUCUGACUAUUUCAUCUGCCAGAAAUCAAAGAUCAUGGAUUAUAAAGUUCAAGAAAGCCAUGUGGAUGAAGGAACUACGGUCUAUUUCACUUGCCAAGCUGAGGGUGAUCCAGCCCCAGUGAUAAUGUGGCUAUCCCCUAAGAAGGAAUACAUCACUACCAAAACUGUGGGGUCUAGACUUUCUGUGUCUAAUGAAGGCACAUUGGAGGUGCGUUAUGCCCAAAUCCAGGACAACGGCACAUACAUGUGCAUUGCAAGCAAUGCAGCAGGCAAUGACACCAAAGCUGCUCACCUUUUUGUGCAUAGCUACUCCCCCAAUUGGCCCCACCAGCCAAACAAAACAUUUGCCUUCAUUUCCAACCAGCCCAGCGAUGAAGGUGCUAAUGUGACUCGGGCCACAGUUCCAUUUCCAUUUGAUGUAAAGACACUCAUCAUUGCAACCACCAUGGGAUUUAUCUCUUUCCUCGGAGUUGUCCUCUUCUGUCUUGUGAUAUUAUUCCUCUGGAGUAGAGGGAAAGACAAUACUAAGUCAAGUAUAGAGGUUGAAUAUGUGCCACGUAAAGAGGAAACAGAGGAGGCCAGUCCAACUGAGGCACCCAUACAAUUCAACAUGAAAAUCAUGUGAACCUCUAAAGGAGGCCAUGUAAGCUUAAAAACUGCAGUCAGGAUGCAUACUAUCUUCGCUUCAAAUAUGUACUCAGUUUAUGAGCGAUAGAAAUUGCACAGCAGCAAAUGCAUCUUGACACUAUACCCUAGACUUUUUUUUUUUUACUUCAGGGACUGAAUCUUUAAAGCAAAUGUUGAAUUUCAAAUAUUACAAUUUCUGUAAAUUUGUAUUGGCAAUACUCAAUCAGUAUGUUAACAUGCAUUCAAAAACUGUGUGUAACCACAUUAAGGUAAGAGUUAGAAUGAAGCACAUGGAUCAGAUGGAUUUCCCUAAUAAACAGAGUUUACUGUAUGAAGAAUGUUUCUAUCAGCACAAAAUAAGUUUGCUAUCUUUUGCUUUGAUAGAUGUACAAAGCACAAUAACCUCCUAUUAGAGUUCUUUUUUUACCUUAAAUCAUAAUUUGAAAGCGCAGUUUCAGUUUUCUUUUGUCCCAUCACAAACAAUUGAUCGAUGUGGAAUGAAAUUAGGGUAAUUUCUAAACAAAGAGAAAAAGAAAAGAAUGAUAUAGUCAUAUUUUGAGAGAAAAAAGAUGUACUUUCAAGAAAAGGCGUUCAGUUCUGAAGAUAAACAGUCAGUGCUACAACACUAAAGAAUAAUUUUUAGAAUAAGGUCAUAUAAGGAGAAAGAAGUUGUAAUGUUUUGAGAGUUGUAAUAUCACCAGAGGAUAUAAUGUUUUAAAAAAAACACACAUGGGUCUCAAUUCUCUGAAAUUGAAAUUUUCAAAUCAUUAGAGGAGUGAGUGUACCUCACCACCCGUCGUGUGUCAAUGAGCAUUGGCCUUUAACUAUUUUCCAACAUCAUUAAAUUGUGUUUUGAUGUUUUCUCUGCCCAUUUUGGCACUGCUGUCUGGAAGAAACAGAAAUUUCAAGCAGUAGCCUGUAUCUCCAUUAGUUGUCACAGACAAGUGAUUUCAAUUUUACUGUGUCUAUCAGUUAUGAUAACUGGAGUAUUUCCUUAAUCUGCUAAGAGUCAAAUUAGAAAUGUGCAUGUUAACAUACUGAAUAAGAUAAAUAAGCCAGUCCUACAGUAUGUGCUCCCUUCUGCCAACAAAGGAAGUCUGUCAUUAAAUGUAUUGACUUGUUCAGCUAUACAUAUUUUUUCUGUAUUUUAUUCUUUCCUUGUACAUUAUGCUGUUGCACAAUAGUAAUGCUUUUGAUGGCUGUGGGUUUUGAACAUAUUACAAUCUACAGAGCAGAUUAAAUAUUCAGUAAACCUGUUUUUGAUGCAACUAAACCAAAAGAGAGUGUAACUACUUUUCAAAGUGUAUAUAAAACUACCUUUGAAAAUCAUCAGUUUAACAAUUUAUCAUCAAGUGUAACAAAAGGUAAUUUGUUUACCCACUUGGCAGCUCAAUAAGCGUGAGCACUCUGCCCAAGUCCUGAGGUUAUAUUGUCACCAGUGCAUCUCAAAAAUGGUGACAUUAUUCAUUUGUUGCCUUAAGUAACCCAUUUUCCAGCUUUCAGCUGAGCAAUACCCAGUAUUUAUAUGUAAAAUGGAAUUUUAUGCCUCAUAAGGAUUUUAUGUUGUAAUUAAUUUCACAGUCAAGGUCUGCUCUGAAGAUAAUGUGUUCAUUAACUUAAAAAUACUUGUUUAAAUGGGGUGGGCAGAUGGAAAUUCUAUUAAAAUAAAUAACAUUUUA